AUGCGCGAGAUUAUGGGCAAUCCGAAGAACAUUCGGAACAUGUCCGUCAUUGCCCACGUCGACCACGGAAAGUCGACGCUGACGGACUCCCUCGUCUCGAAGGCUGGUAUCAUUUCGGCGAAGGCUGCGGGUGACGCGCGUUUCACCGACACGCGUGCGGACGAGCAGGAACGCUGCAUCACCAUCAAGUCGACCGGUAUCUCCAUGUACUUUGAGCACGAUAUGGAGGACGGCAAGGGCUCUCAGCCGUACCUUAUCAACCUUAUCGACUCCCCGGGACACGUCGACUUCUCUUCGGAAGUCACUGCUGCCCUGCGCGUCACCGACGGUGCCCUCGUCGUCGUCGACACGAUCGAGGGUGUCUGCGUCCAGACGGAGACUGUGCUGCGCCAGGCCUUGGCCGAGCGCAUUCGACCCGUCCUCCACGUGAACAAAGUCGACCGUGCGCUGCUCGAGCUGCAGAUGGACGGUGAGGAGAUCUACCAGACCUUCUCCCGCACGAUUGAGAACGUCAACGUCAUCAUCUCCACCUACAACGACGAGCUGAUGGGUGACGUCCAGGUCUACCCAGAGAAAGGAACCGUCUCCUUCGGCUCCGGGCUCCACGGCUGGGCCUUCACCGUCGAGCGCUUCUCCAAGAUCUACUCGAAGAAGUUCGACGUCCCCAAGGAGAAGAUGAUGGAGCGACUGUGGGGUAACAACUUCUACAACGCCAAGGAGAAGAAGUGGACCAAGUCGCAGACCGAAAACAGCCGCCGCGCUUUCUGCCAGUUCAUCAUGGACCCCAUUUGCACUCUCUUCUCUUCCAUCAUGAACGACGAGAAGGAGAAGUACACCAAGAUGCUUGGCAGUCUGGGCAUUGAACUCAAGGGUGAUGACAAGGACCUCACCGGCAAGGCCCUGCUGAAGCGCGUCAUGCAGCUCUGGCUCCCGGCUGGUGACACUUUGCUCGAGAUGGUUGUACGCCACCUGCCCUCUCCCUUCAUUGCCCAGAAGUACAGAGUCGAGAACCUGUACGAGGGUCCGAUGGACGACGAGGCUGCGCAGGGUAUCCGCAACUGCGACCCGAACGCGCCUCUGAUGAUGUACGUCAGCAAAAUGGUGCCGACCUCCGACAAGGGUCGCUUCUACGCCUUCGGGCGUGUCUUCUCCGGAACCGUCGCGACUGGUCAGAAGGUCCGCAUUCAGGGCCCGCGCUACGUCCCUGGAGAGAAGACCGACUUGUACAUCAAAAGCAUCCAGAGAACUGUCAUUAUGAUGGGCAAGUACGUCGAGCAUGUGCAGGACGUGCCCUGCGGCAACACCUGCUGCCUGGUCGGCGUGGACCAGUACCUGCUCAAGUCGGGUACCCUCACCACCCUCGACACCGCGCACAACAUUGCGGACAUGAAAUACUCUGUCUCGCCCGUCGUGCGUGUCGCCGUCAAGCCCAAGGACAACAAGGAGCUGCCCAAGCUCGUCGAAGGUCUGAAGAAGCUCUCCAAGUCCGACCCCCUGGUCGUCUGCACCACGGAGGAGUCUGGCGAGCACAUCAUUGCCGGCUGCGGUGAACUCCACGUCGAAAUCUGCCUGAAGGAUUUGCGCGACGAGUACGCGCAGAUCGACUUCACCGUCUCCGACCCCGUCGUCUCGUACCGUGAGACCGUCUCGGCGCCGUCGCACAUGACCUGUCUGUCCAAGUCGCCCAACAAGCACAACAGGCUCUACAUGGUGGCUGAGCCCUUCCCGGAUGGGCUGGCGGACGCGAUCGAAGCUGGCAAGAUCAACGCCCGUGACGACCCCAAGGAGCGCGCGAAUGCUUUGGCUGAGAAGUUCGACUUCGACAAGAACGCCGCGCUCAAGAUUUGGUGCUUCGGCCCCGAGACGACUGGCGCGAACAUGCUCAUUGACACCACGCAGGGAGUGCAGUACUUGAACGAAAUCAAAGACCACUGCAACUCUGCCUUCCAGUGGGCUUCCAAGGAAGGUGUCCUCUGUGAGGAGAACAUGCGUGGAAUCCGCUUCAACCUCACUGACGUCACCAUGCACGCUGAUGCGAUUCACCGUGGCGCUGGUCAGAUCAUGCCCACCUGCCGCCGUGUCCUGUACGCGUGCCAGCUGGCCUCUGCGCCUCGUCUCCAGGAGCCGAUGUUCUUGGUCGACAUCACCUGCCCGCAAGACGCUGUCGGAGGCAUCUACUCGACCCUCAACACCCGCCGAGGCCACGUCUUCCACGAAGAGCAGCGCUCAGGUACUCCUCUCGUUGAGAUCAAGGCGUACCUGCCUGUCGCGGAGUCCUUCGGUUUCACCACUGCUCUUCGUGCCGCCACCUCAGGUCAGGCCUUCCCGCAGUGCGUGUUCGAUCACUGGAGCAUGCUCAACGGCGACCCCCUCGAGAAGGGUUCCAAGAUGGAGGAGCUCGUCCACAACAUCAGGACGAGAAAGAACCUGAAGCCCGACAUCCCCGGCUUCGACAACUUCUACGACAAGCUCUAA